GUGAUGUGUUCCGGCCCGAACGGAACCGAAGGCCAUGUUGUAUUUCCAAGAGCAACUGGCUGCAGAACUCCACCAGGAGCAUCUCCACUGUGGGGCCGGAGACUCGGUAGACUGGAUUAUUAAGUAUAAAGGCCCAUAGGAGCCUCUUCUCACUCAAGAAGACUCACAGCUACCUAACAGCUCAACUGCUGCAUGAGCAGAAUCGCUGACCAGCUCAGCCAGGACGACCAAGAGCUUUGGUCUAUGAAAACCAGCGGACAAUAAACUGCCAGCCCAAGGAUCCAUGUCGCACAGAGAAACUGCCGAACUCAUCAGUGCUCUUCAGAGGAUGAAGGACAAUGAAAAAAUUUUAGCCACAGAGUUUGGUGAUACUGAGCUGAUCUGCAUGAUGAUGGACAGGAGAGUGAAUGAGGUAUCAGUGCUCAGAGAAACCGGCCAAACCCCAAAGAUAGUGGCUGGAUUCAGCCUAUCUAGGACAGUGGAGUGCAGCAUCAGUGACAUAACCCAGAAGAGCCUGGUGCUGAACCUGGAGAGUCAGGAGCUUCUUGCCAUAGCGCUGCAAGGGGGAAACAUGUAUAACAGAGUGCAGCUGAGUCUGUCGACCUACCAGGCGCCCAUGCUGACCGGGAACUCAGGGCUUCCUACUACUCUCAGAGUCUCUGGCAGCGAUCUCUACCUUUGUUGCAGCGGCUCACUGAGCAAGCCUUCCUUAAGCCUUAAGGUGGUUAAAAACAAGGCAGUACUGUCGACGAUUGAAGCAGAAUGCGACAACGUGCAUUUCCUGUUUUUCAAGAAGAACACCGGCUUCUCCAUGUCCAGCUUUGAGUCGGUCAAAUUUCCCACAUGGUUCAUCAGCACAGCUUUGGCAGACAGGAAGGCCGUGGGAAUGUCCCAGGCUGCGGCCCAGGGCCACAACACACAUUUCAUAGUGAAAAAGAUAUGAGGAAGACAUUGUGUGUGUGCCGAGAACAGCAUCUCUGUAUGUCCAGCCAACAAAGCAUGACGUAGACAAAACACAGUGCUUUAAAUGACACUUUCUGCUUUAGAAUUUAUUUAAAAAUAAAGAAUGA